AUGAUUAACCAGUUUAAGAUCGGACUCCGUGGAGAGAUAGACUAUUGUGUGGGACAGCAACGUUAUAACACUUAUGUUGAAUUACUUGAACAAUGUUACAUUGCGGAGCAAAGCCUAAAGAAGAUCGAGCAAGAGAAAGAACAAGCCAAACCAAGUCAAGAGAAUUAUAAAAGGCCAAAUCAACACUUGAGGCCAAGAGGAGCACCAUCCAAAUACAAGCCGAACCAGAAUCUUAGACCAUCACACUCACCUUUUUGUAACAAAUGCAAGCGAAACCAUGUUGGAGGUUGCAAGGGUAGUGAAGGUGUAACGUGCUUUAAUUGCGGUAAGAAAGGGCAUUUUGCUUGGAAUUGUUCAAAUAGGAGCAGUCAAGGAGGGAAUACAAGAAGGGUGUAUACACUUGAUGCAAAGAAGGCGAAGAGCAACAAUGAACUAAUUGCUGGUACGUGUCUACUAAAUAAUCAGACUUGUCUUGUUUUGAUUGAUUGUGGAGCAUCAAACUCCUUUAUUUCACCUCAGUGUGUUCAGCGUAUCGGAUUAGAAAUGGUACCCUUAGAUUCGCCGAUGGUAGUUGGCACGGCCGUCGACGGAAGUGUAGAAACUUCUCGAAAAUGUGAGGACUGUAUUAUAACUGUUGAUGAUCGAGUCUUCCAAGUCGAUUUGAUUUGUCUACCACUUAAGAGGGUGGACGUGGUCUUGGGAAUGGAUUGGCUCUCGGCCAAUUCAGUGCUCAUUAAUUGUAAGGAAAGGGCCAUCCUGGUUCCAGCUGUUGUAACUGCCCCAGAAGAUUCAAUGACUACUCUUUUGGAAGAAGUCUUUCCAGAGGAUGUCACUUCCUUACCUCCUGAGAGGGAAGUGGAAUUCUCUAUUGACUUGGUACCGGGAACAGCCCUGGUUUCCGUUGCUCCUUAUCGAAUGUCACCGAUUGAACUUAAGGAAUUAAAGAGCCAGUUAUUUAUUUUCCAAACACUUUAUCAAACCCAGUGUUUCUCCUUGGGGAGCUCUAGUUUUAUUAGUCAAGAAGAAGGACGGUGGGAUGCGAUUGUGUAUAGAUUACCACCAGCUAAAUAA